UUUAAAUUUGGCUUUCACAUUUCCUGACACAUGGUUUCUCUUUUAUAGGUUUGCAAGUAUCCUGAACUACAGUCCUAUGUGCAUCUUACUAUGUUGGCUUUUAAUAACACUUUCUUUAAUUGGCCCACUUUCUCCUUCAUUGGUAUUCCUGGUCUGGAGGCUGCACAUAUAUGGAUCUCUAUCCCCUUCUGUGUCCUGUACUUCAUAGCCCUUGUGGGUAAUGCUGUUCUUCUUAUCCUAGUUAGAGCAGAGAAGAACCUUCAUGAACCUCAGUUCUAUUUUUUGGCUAUGCUAGCCCUUACUGAUCUAGGCCUUUCAUUGUCAACAAUGCCUAGUGUCUUGGCUAUCUUCUGGUUUGAUGUCCGCGACAUUGGCCUUAAUGCCUGCCUAACCCAGAUGUUCUUCAUCCACACCCUCUCCUCAGUAGAAUCAGGUGUCCUGGUGGCCAUGGCUUUUGACCGUUUGGUAGCUAUCUGUGCGCCAUUAAACUAUACCAAGAUCCUUACCCACUACAUGGUUGCAUGCCUUAGUGGAGCUGCCCUCAUACGAGGUGCCACUCUCCUGGCUCCUCUGCCUUUUUUCCUUAGGACUUUUCCUUUCUGUGGGGCCAAUAUCCUCUCACACUCCUAUUGCUACUACCCAGAUAUGCUGAACUUAGCCUGUGGGGACAUUACCUUCAGCAGUGCCUAUGGAUUGGUUUUUGUUCUCUGCACGUUUGCAGUGGAUGUUGUCUUCAUCUUAGCUUCAUACAUGAAGAUCUUGGACACUAUUAUGAAGCUGGAGACUCAAGACAGAAACUGGAGGUCACUGCACACCUGUGCCUGUCACCUAUGCACGGUGCUUGUGUUCUACCUGCCCCUAAUCAGCUUGGCAGUGCUGCAUCGUUAUACCGAGGACACUUCCCCAAUUCUGUAUACCACCAUGAGUAAUGCCUACCUCCUCAUGACACCACUGCUCAACCCUCUCGUCUAUAGUCUCAAAUCCCGGCAGAUCCAGGCUGCCCUGCGCAAGCGAUUUUGGGUGCAACGUGUCAUUGCUGGGGAAUGAUAUUUUCUCUAUAUUAGAAGAGAUAACCAAUUUAAAAACUGCUAUUCAGGAUCUACUGUGUGCCAAGUAGUAUGUUAGGCACCAUGAAUUCAAAACAAUAAAAUACUUAGGUUUUCUCAAGAAAUAAUUAAUCUAACUAAUGAGGGAAGGAGAGGCAGAACGCUUAGAUAAAAGAUCAUAACUGUGAUCAUGAAUGAUGACUUUGGUAGUGGUAAGGAGAAAUGACAACAGGAAGCCAAGCUCAAUGUGUUUGGUGUGUGAGUUGGAGGAAAAUCACAUCGCUCCAGGUGCUAAACUGAGGAGUCCAACUCUGGAUUGUAAAAGAUCAAUGAGGGAUUAAUUCUAUAGAGAAAACAAAAUGUCUCCUAAUUCUUGACUGGCAAUGUUGUUUAAGCUGAAGCACGAAAAUUCAAAAUUGAUGAUAAAUUUAUGACGGUAUGUUUAUUAUUUCUGACUACUUCUUGUGGUUGGAGACUAGCUAAUGUCUGAACCUUCUGACUUUUAACAAAAAGUAAAGAAGCUUUCUGAAAAGAAUAAUAUAUAAGGAUCUGAGAAAUAGUUAUUCUUACUCAUUUUGCUACUUCAUUCAGAAUUCAUGCCUUAUUUGGAUAUUGUUUUGUUUCACAUUUCAUACUGAGGGUAGAUAGGGUUAUAUUCUGCCUGUUAAAGCAAGGCUACAUCUUUUUUUUUUUUUUUUUCUCCUAACUUUCCAAGAGGAAAAACAAAUUCGUUUAUUCUCUUCUAGGGUCAGCUCUUGAAGUUAGAGUAAGCAAAGGAAGAAUUGUCCUGCUAGGAUCAGCAUAGGAAGCAAGUAAAGAGAGAGACUUAAUUGUCCAUGGGAAUGAACAAAUAUGCAGUUAUCAUUAGCAAGAAUUUCAAACAACUUUA